CGAACAGACAUGCGCUCCAGCUAAUACCUGUCUGCGCAACUGCGACAAAUACAAACUUCUGCUGAUUCACAGCCUGGCGUUUAGGAAAUAGUGUUUCAUUUUUUUCGUUACGAAAACAGCGACGUUUCGUAAGCUUUGACGUGGGGUGUAUUCUUCUGGAAUCUGUUGGUGGAAUGAGCGGUUUAAAUAUACCUGAAGGUGCACAGAAAGCUUAUAUUCUAUCCUGUCUUUGAAACCAAGGUACCGAAAGCAGACGAGACAUCCUCCACGAGACAGGACAUAGCUAUUUAUAGUAACAGUGACGUAUGGUUUGGGAAACUCCCGUUGAGUUCAGGAUAAACAAAGAACCCAAGAUCUGCACGAUUGGAAAGCUAUCGGAAAUCAUGCUGUUACGGAACUGAUUUGUUAUUGAACACAGUCCUUGGAGAUAUUUCUGUUCUGCUGUAAACGAUACUUCACAUGGAAGGAUAAAUUUAAACUCUGGCUCUUUGUUUUGAUUUGGAGAAAGGGCUGGAGGAACGAUGAUCAAACAGUACUUCGCAGAUGGAUUGAUUUCCAUCGCAUUAAUUCUUAGUUUGCUGAGAACUGACAUUAAUCAGUACUUGAAUAACAGCUUAAUUAAUUAUCCUGAAAUUCAUGAUAUUAUUCUUGGGACUAGUACGGCUUACACUCAAACAAACUUUCACAACAACUUGAUAAACAGUGUUGGGGGAUAUAGCAUUCAUCCGAAGAAUAUAGAGACUGAAUAUUUGUCUACAAGUGUGCUUGGUGAACUAAGGUGUUUAAGUCGAUUUCGAAGGUUCCAUGGAAUCAGUACAGAUAUUAAUGCGUUUUUGGUCAAUCCACCAGCUACGUUUGUGCACCAUGCGUCAAGUGCAGAGACUCAGACGCAGACAUUAAAUCCUCCGGAAUCAGCAGCAAGUGAUGCAGCAUUAGAGUCCUCUGCAUCACAAACUGAGGAUGUCAAUAACAAUGUAGACCUUGGUGAUAGCUCCGAAACUGGGCCACCAGAUAGUAACCCAGGAGAACAUGAUGGCCUGGAAGGAGCCUUUGCUUUACAGCCUGUACACCAUGUGUUUUCGGAUCCAUUUUUGGAGAGCACAGUGACAGCAGCUGAUUUGACUAACGAGGACAUGGACUUGAUAGAAACUCUUUGGCGCCAGGAUAUAGAUUUGGGUAUCGGAAAGGAAGUGUUCGAUUUGAACUUACGAAGAGAACUAGAGCGAGAACGGGAGAUUGAGCUGCAGAAACAAAGAGAAAAGCAAAAAGAACUUGAGCUGAUUCAGUACAAGCUAGAACAGGAGAGAAGACAGCAGGCACAAACUUGGCUUACACAAAACUAUAUCCAAGAUGGGGAAACAGGUGAAUGGAUCCCUGUGAACAGCUCCAUCAAUACUUCAGUUUCUCAUCAGGAAUUACAGCCCAACACAAGUGAGCAGGACUUGUCAUUUGAUGAAGCUUUUCGCAUCUUAGAUGGUGUUGCACCUUUACCUGACGGGACUUUAGAAGAUUAUAUUGAGAAUGUGACAAACAUAAAUAGCAGUUACCUGGGAAAUGCACAGGCAGACAUUGAUGACCUGAUUGAGACCAGUCUAGGAUUUAAUAACACAGAGGUUAAUGGAGUGGUACCUAGCGAGGAUGACGCUCAGCGCCAGGCAGACUUACAGCAGUGCUUGGACGAUUUGGUCAGUGUGCUGUACCCCAAUGGCACGUCCAGCUCCAACUCGGAGCCAAUGGAUACUGCAGAAAUGAGUCCUGUGGACAUGUUACCAUCUGAAGACAACAGUGUUCUCCUCCAAAAUGCCACAUUGCCUCAACCUAUCAUCAACUCUUCAGUUCCUAUUCAACAGUUCCAAAAUAACACCUUCCUCCCACCUGGUGACCCAUACACCAACAACACCAUGCCCCAAGCAGGAAUGGCAAGUCCAGUUGUGUGGAACACCGGUGAUGUGCUGUUUCCCAACAUGACAACCCCAAUGAACCAGACAGAUCCUCUGGAUGGAGUGGAGGACCUUCUCCCUGACUUGCUGGCCGAUUCAGAGCUGGAUAACAUCACUCUAGAUGUGGAUGAUAUGGAGCUAACUGACAGUCUGCAGUGUCUUCAAAUGGCUGAUGAGACUAGUAGUGACUCUGCAGUGUCCUCUAUGGGUAGUAUGGCAUCUCCAAUACAGGACUUCAAUGAGACAAGUACCUUGGGGUCAGUGUCUCCUUUUGAUGGUGUAGAGGGUGCUACAGGAGGGACAGAGUUUGACACAUCUGGUAGCUCCAAACUCGGCAAAUAUGACCCUGAUGAUUUCAGCUAUAGUUACAGCCCGUAUGAUACAGGUGACUACAGUGGCCAGACAAAUUACUCCUCCUCUUCCAAUGAGACUCAUGGCUUUCAACCUGCAGACCUGAAUCAGGUCCAACACAACCAUUCUUACCCACUACAGCCUGGGGCACAGCCUAAGGAUGUGGCCAAAGCAACAUCCAGCAAACCCCGUCAGAAAGGCCCUCACUCCAGGGAUGAGAAAAGGGCACUGGAGAUGAAGCUACCCAUGUCAGUGCAGACUAUAAUAGGAGCUCCAGUUGAUGAAUUCAAUGAGCUGAUGUCUAAAUACAAGCUGUCAGAACCACAAUUGCAGCUGAUACGCGACAUACGCAGGAGGGGUAAAAACAAAGUGGCUGCUCAGAACUGUCGGAAACGAAAGCUUGACUCCAUUACAACACUUGAAGAUGACUUGAAUAGCCUGAAGGCAACACGAGACAAAUUGCAGCAUGAACGGUACCUUAUCGACAAGCAGACGCGUGAUAUGAAGGGGAGAUAUAACCAGCUUUAUCAAGAAGUGUUCCAGUCACUCAGGGAUGACCAUGGCCAACCCUACGAUCCUAGCGAGUUCUCCCUCCAAGAAACCAGUGAUGGUAACGUCUUCCUGGUGCCACGUAAUACCACUGCAGAUCAUUCGCAGAGAAAAGAGCCAGGACGCAAAAAGAAAGAGAAGAAGUGAGAAGAAUGUGUUUUUUGUUUACUUUGUUGACAGAAAGAACAGAUCCUAGGGAUUAAUGAUUAAACUUCGAUUUUGGAAAGACUGAAGUAUUUUGUAGCUCCUAUAGCUGGUGAUCAUUGUUGUGAAAUUCAUUAGUGGUUCUGUUUACAUGUUAAACUAGCAAAUACUAUCCUGUCUUCUACCGUGAAUCUUAUUCAUUUCUCGUUUUGUUACAUAUCGCUCAGUAAAAAGUCGAGGCCAGUAAGGUGCUGCAAUUGAUUAUGGAGUGGAAAUACCAGUGCAUUAUACAUUAUGAUGCCAAGUCUUCAGAGGCGCAUUCAUUCCAACAGACAUCCGUGAACUAAAAAGUGCUAUGAACAUUUCUUUACGUGGAAUGUUUUCACUCAAGCCUGCCUUUGUUUUCCUAAUGUCGAAUCAGUUUUAUGUUGGCUUACAUGUUAUCAUUUAUCAAGGUUGGCAAAGGAAGGAUGUAAACAGCUCGGUUUGGUGUUUGGGGUGGGUGGGAUAGUACUAUACUUGAUUUGUAUAAAGUAAUUGUGUGCUACUCAAGUGGAGUGAACUUGGAAAUCCUGUGUGUCAAAGUUUCUUGUGUUUGUAGAUGUAAAUGCUAUUGUAGGUCUCGGCUGUCAUGUGGUUAUCCAACCUUGUGAUCCAGUCUUGAUGUGGAAGAGAUAAUUGUUAUAAUGUGUUUCUUAAACCAGCACAUUUAUGAUAAUGUUUGGAAUUCAUGGGUGAUAACCAUCCACAGCACAUGUUUAUGUAUUUUACAGGAAAAGAUAUUACCAGCAGGCUGGUGAAAAAGCUAAAGACUGUAUUAAUUUAUUAAUCUAAUGUGUAUGGUUAAAAUGUUUAAUGGAGGAUGUUUAUGCAGUGAGUACUACUUGUUGAGUUAUAUUGUACCUUAUGUGUAAACAUAUUUGACUAGUUGUGUGAUUGUAACAGUAAGAAUUAUGAGCCAGAACAGUCCAUUAAUAAUUCAGAUACGUAAUGAAUCAGCGAGUUAUUUUCCCUUAUCAUACUUCCAUAAAGUAAAUCAAUUUAGCAGAUGUAAAACGUAAGAAACUAUGAACUUGAAAAGUUCAAAAGGAAAUGAUUGGGAAAAUUUUGCAGCCUGCAUAUCUGGUUAAUAGCAUUUAUUAGUUGUACUUAGUUGAGAUAAGGGUUACUUCUGUCAGUUUUUGGCUUGUUCAAGAUAGCACACAUCAAGAUAUCGUUCAUAUUAUCAUUCCAUUGUAAUGAAUAGCACAUUGUAUAAAUGUUUGAUAACUAUAAGGUAUGCAACUGACAUUUAUUUAGGCGCAAGUAUUCAUUUUUCAUUCACAUCGUACCAUUCAUCUGUAAGUAAUGUCAUGGUUUAAAGCUUGAGCACUAGAUUUUUGUUAUUGUUUGGGUGUAGGCAAGCAGCCAUUACCACUUAGUACAGUUUUUACGACUGGUGUUGGUGUGUAUCCGAUGCUAAUACGUACAAUAUUUUCAUCUUCACCUUGUUAUGAUUUGUGCAGUUGUUGAUCAGUUUGUGAUAAUAUUCAAAGCAUGUAUUCACAUGAAAAAUAACAUUAAUAAAAAUUAUAUAUUUUCACAGAAAAUA